CUCUUCUAUAAAUAUGUUCUACCCCCUUGUGAAUAACUUCUUCAAAUUGCUUUGUAUUCACGGUCCUCCCCCAAUUUAAAUGCUUCCGCUCCACCGUUGCCAGCCAAAAUUUACGCGUCAUCUCAAACACAACUACCACCGACAACAUACAUGUGCCAUGGCUCCUGGGAGGGGCAAAUUGCAGCUGGGCGAGUCUUGGGUGGUGGAAGGAGAAAGUGAGAGCCCAGAGCACUCGCCGACGGACGAUGACUACAGGCCUCCAACGACGAGAGCUACCCCUCCACGACGCCAAACGAGGGGGAGUACGAGAUCACCUGAGCCGGAACUCAUUAUGCCCUCGCCAUCUUUAGAGCUUGAUUCACUGAAUGGAUCAUGGGCGGAAGCGAGCAGAAACACGAAAUUUAUAGGAACGCGAUCCUCAGGAAAGGCACCCGAGGCGCGUAGAAGAAGCGUACGCGUGAGCAACGGAAGUCCAGAGAAACGCGUCCGAACCAAGGUGAAUACGACCAGUUCAUCAGGAAAUGCACCUCAAUCAACUUACCAGGAGGAUUCCAACGGCAUUCAAGAUAACUUGGACGUUGAUAUUAACCACAGAACGAUUAUGUUGUCGUGGCUCCUGGAUGUACUUGGUGGUGCCCUCAAAGUUCUGAAGACACCGCUGUCCUACUUUCUCGCCAUAUGGCUGCUCUUUGGGCUUCUCGUCGUGGUUCGGAACUUUGUGACGACGUCAAUAUACGCCUCGUUGUCACCUGUUUGCCGGAUUCCAGGAGUUUCGUUGCUCAAUCUGCCUUUCUGCCCUGUCUACAACGUGGAUACCAGCCAUGGGCCACCUCCGUCCGUCGAAUUCGACCAAUUGAUGGUGGUUCAGUCGAAAUUCGAGGAGGUUUUGGAGGAGAGCGCUGGUAGCGUUUCACUGCCGCUAGAUAUGAAACGGGGAGAGGCAUCUAUUCGAGACUUGCGUCAGCUUGUUCGGUACAGUCAGCUGCAUUCGAAGAACGAGUUGGUGCUCGAAUUUGACGGAUUCAUCGAGACCGCCCGGAUCGCGUCAUACGAUCUACAGAAAUUCAGUAGUCAUGUUGGUCGAGCCGUGGACAGCGUAAUAGCAACUACUCGUUGGACUACCCGCGUCCUCGAUGGGAUCCAAGAACGAGACGCAUCGCGGGGAUCUAUCAGUGCGUUCAUCAAUGAUAGAGUACUUGCACCAUUUCAGCCAGUAAAGUUCACUGAAAGUAUCCUCUUGGACCAAUAUAUCCAGCAUACUCAUGUUGUCGAGGAAGAAAUUAACAAGUUGAUUGCCGAAGCCCAAGCUCUUUUGCUGGUGCUGAAUAACCUCGAAGACAGGCUAGAAGUAAUUCACGGCAUCGCCACUAGAGAGGAUAUGCAUGCCAAAGCUCUGAAGGAUGAGAUCCUCUCCGAGCUCUGGACCAUGGUCGGUGGCAACCGAGGCAAGCUAAACAAGAUGGACCGACAGCUUAACUUGCUGCAGCAAGUCGGCAUUUACAGAAAGAACGCCUACGCUCAUGUUUCUGGGACCAUAAUUCGCCUACAGGCCAUGGGCGCUGGUCUCGAGGAUUUGCGGGAACGUGUUGGUUCUCCUGAGUUAUUGCGUGACCGCAUUGACAUCCCAUUGUCUGUUCACCUCGAGAAUAUUCAGAAAGGUGUUGAGAGAUUGGAGGAAGGUCGACAGAAUGCUCGCAAAUUGGAGGACGAGCAUAUCAGGCGGACUCUGGAGCGGGGUCGUCUUGAAGGCACUAUGAUCGACGGAUAAAUGGUCUAAAUAUUUCGGGUCCCAGGCUUGUAUAGGGAGUUAGUGGUGAGUAACGGUCGAUUCAGUUGACAGGCGUCAUGCUGUCAUUCUCAGGUCCGGCGUUUGAACUAUGACGAAGUAACGACCGGUGCAUGGAGGCUCGAUAUCUUGAAUCAAAAAGCGCGUACCACAA